AUGGAAGGCGAGGAGCCAACUCAAGCCGCGACGCAGCAAAUCGUCGACCCGCGCCGCAUGGGACAGCAAAACACAGGCUUUACCGACGACGAAAUCUCCGACAUUGUCUGCAUCCUCUAUCCGCAUUCCCAGUCCGCCCAGUCCGAGGUUCAGCGCCUCGUCCGCGAGCGGUCGCCCUUUAUCAUCGGCCGCGACGCUGCAGACGGCGUCGAGCCCAACUACGAACUCGAGGACCGCGCAAGCCAGUUCCAGUCACACAACACCGCCGAUGCCAUCGCAGGCGCCGGCGGCGCCCACGCCAUCAUCUUGCGCCUGUCUACCGCUCCCAAGAACCCGCCCGCCGGCUUCACCUUUGGCCGCAACCCGGGCCGCUGCGACGUCGUCUUCACCAAUGACCCUCUGCGCCGCGUCAGCAAUAUUCACUUUCGAAUCUACGUCAAUGAGUUUGGCAAUGUCAUGAUCGAGGAUCAGUCCACCAACGGCACCUUUAUCGACAGCAAACUGCUCGCCGCUCGUCCCAAGCCGGGUAUGCCCCGGCAGCACCUGGCCAGCCGUUGGGUCCUGUCCUCGGGCUCCGUCAUCAACAUCUUCCUGCAGGAACAUGUCCGCGACCUGACCUUUCGCGUCCGCAUUCCUCGCCGCGAUGGCGCCUACGAGCUCGCCUACAAUCAAAAGGUCGCCGACUACUUUGCGCGCCACCGCCUUCCCAUCGAGGGCGGCGCGCCCCCGGUGAACCCCCCGUUACAGCCUGCCCAGCAUGUCGACCUGUUCCGCACCGCCGGCCAGCCUCUGACAACCGCCGGCCAACCCCUGACAACCGCUGCCGCCACCCGACGGCCGCCCCAGGUCACCACGCAGUUGACGGCCCCGCAUAUGGUCAAGCAGAAUAGCAUCCAAGAGUGGACCGGCUCGGGCAAGUACAACAAGCAGCGCUCCGUCGGCAAGGGCGCCUUUGCGGUGGUGUACAAGGUCACGGCAAAGUAUGAUGGCCGCCCCUACGCCGCCAAGGAGCUCGAAAAGCGCCACUUUAUCAAGAACGGCGUCCUAGACCAAAAGGUGGAAAAUGAGAUGCGCAUCAUGCAGCGCCUUAAUCAUCCUAACAUUGUACGAUAUAUUGAGAAUUUUGACUGGGACGAGCGCUUGUUGAUUAUCAUCAUGGAGUUUGUCGCCUACGGCGAUCUCGGCAAAUUCAUUGCUGAACACGGGCCCUUUAAUGAGAGGACAACCCAGGUUCUCGCCGUCCAGCUCCUCUCCGCCUUGCGCUACCUGCACAACUUCAACAUUACCCAUCGCGACAUAAAACCCGACAACAUCCUCGUCAACUCGCUGGAACCACCCGAAGUUAAGCUCACAGACUUUGGUCUCUCCAAGAUGAUUGACAGCGAGCAGACCUUCCUGCGCACCUUCUGCGGCACCUUGCUGUACUGCGCGCCCGAGGUCUACACCGAGUAUCUAGAAUACGACGAAACUGGUCACCGCACGCGAGGUAGGCCCUCGCGCCGCGCCCCAGGCCAGCGAUACAGCCACGCCGUCGACAUCUGGUCUCUUGGUGGCGUAUUGUUCUUCUGCCUCACGGGGGCCGCCCCAUAUCCUGCCCGCUCCGUCUCUAGCCCCUCGGAGCUUCUUCAUCGCAUCAUGACCACGAAUCUGAAUAUUGCGCCACUGCGGCAGCGCGGUGUCUCCGAGGCGGGCAUCGACUUUAUCCGUGCCAUGCUCACGCGGAGACCCGAACACCGCGCGACCGUGGACGAGCUGCAAAAUCAUCCCUGGCUGGCUGAUUUUGGUGAGACGAUCCAGGCGUCGCAGUCAUUUGACGAGGUUACUGACGACGAGGACAACCCCGGCCAGUCAUCGCAGCUUUCCCAGCCACAGUAUGAUGAGGAUGACAGAGUUAGCGACUCCAUGGACGAGGACUCGGACCAGGAAAACCGUGACAUCGUGCUGCCACCAGGAGGACAGGCACCACGGCUGUUUGGCGAAGUGGGUGUCUCGGCUAUUGGCAGCUCUGGCGUUAUUCCGGAAGAGUACCUGAACUUGCCGCCGGGUCAGGGCAAUCUGCCUCUCCCUGGCAUGUCGGACCCCAUGAUUGAUGAGGCGUACAACUCGGCAGAGUCCUUCUCAGAAAGGGUUUCUGCAGGCGAUGGGCCAAAUCCGGCUGGUCUAUCCAUCUCCCAGAACCAAUCUAUGGACCAGCUGCAGAGCCUCGUGGAGGAAGUCGCUUCGCAGAGCCUCGGGGGCGACGACAAGAAGAUUAAGAAGAACUUGUCCUCUCCUCCGCAGUCUAUGACCUCGGUGGACCUGAACACUAGUAAAAGGAAGCCCCCAUCUGUCGAAACGAGCGAUGAGUUUGACAAGAAUACGCCUCCUGGAAAACCGACGAUCAAGCGACUGCGGUCAGAGGGUCAUGUGGACAAUGCGAUUACCGAAGAGAUGAUAGAAGAGUACAAGUUACUGGCUAGCAUGAUUCCUAUUAACCCGCUCGGGGCUCGAUCUAGUGAUCUGCCGGUCAUCAAGUCGUCGUUCUGGACCAACGACCUGGCCAGCAGGCACCUUGACUACCCGGAGAUGACGGAGCAGCAACUGAUGAGGUUCAACGAAACGGCGCUCGCGCGCAAUGAAGUCUUCCGGCCCGGCAAGACACCGCUGUGGGCGUUGGCCAUGAAAUACUUCCCGCCCACGCCACGGCACAUUCCGCAGGUGAUGGACAGCGCGACGCUGCCAUCGCGCGACAGCACGCCGCGCGCAGGGGAGAUGCCAGCUCUGGGCUCCGACGGCUCACAGGACGUGCCGCGCUUCUCGCAGCUGGUGGUGCCCAUAUCAACUUCAGAGAUGGCGGCCAUGUUUGAGAGCGACCUGACAUCAGGCAUUCGUGAUAUCUCAAUCCCCGUCACGGAGCCGCUUGUCUCGUUUGGCCGCGGGCCGGAGAACACCAAUGUGUACGAGCACAAGACGGUAACCAAGGUGCCAAAGUAUGCCUUCAGGGCACUCUUGUGGAAGGAGGGCUACGACCCGGGCGACCCCAAAUUGCCGUGGCGAGAGAAUCUGAGCGAGGAGGAGCAGAAUGCCUUCUUCUUUUGGAUUUCCACCAAGGCGACCAACGGCAUCCGCAUCAACGGGCGGUCGCUCAGGUCGUCGAGCUUCAAGUCUCCGCACGACCCCUCCCAGAACUGGACACGCCUGUUCAACGGCGACUCCAUCGUCAUCUGGCACGACGGGACCGGCGCGGACGAGACCAAGCUGACGUUCCGGUGCACAUGGGGCGGUUCGGCCGCCAUGCGAGACAUGAUAAACGCGCCAGGUCUGGAUAUGGCCCCGGCUCACAUCGUGCAUCGGCUCAACAGCGGCUGCCGGCACUUCGAAGCGCAGCGGCACUCGAACAGGAUGCAUCGCAAAGACGCGGCCGACACGGCCAUCAGGCGGCGUAACGUCGAGCAAGAGAGGCAGCGCAACGUUCGCUUCGAUGAAAAGAGGCAGGAGGCCAUUGCGUUCCUCACGGCACGGCAGAAGCAAGAAGCAGCAUCGAGAUGGCACUCCCCGGCGACGACGACCACCACGGCGACGGCGAAAGCCUCGAGGUGGUGA